AUGGAUACAACAGCGUUGACUGAACAGGAGAAAGUCCUCGUUGCCAACCGCGAGAAGGAUAAAGGCAACGAGGCCUUCAAGGCCAACGACUAUGAGGAAGCUGUGGUGUAUUAUACAAGGAGUCUGUCAGUGGUACCAACCGUAGCCGGCUACAACAACAGAGCCCAGUCAGAGAUCCAACUGCAACACUGGCACAAUGCCCUCAACGACUGUCAGAAGGUACUGGAGAUGGAGCCAGACAAUAUGAAAGCUCUCCUCCGCAGGGCCACAGUGCUGAAACAACAGGGGAACUAUCAGAGGGCGGCUGAAGACCUGAGGAACGUCCUGCAGACCGAACCACAGAACAUCACUGCUACUAAACUUCUGGUUGAGGUGGAUAAGAAACUAAUCCAGUGUCAACCGGAGACGGAACGUAAAAGCAAGAAGAUCCUGAUUCAGGAAGUGGAGGAGGAUGAGAUACGGGAAGAGCAGAGAG